AGAUAGCUGUUUCUUUGGGAUUGUUUGUCUCUGGUUGACAGAGUAUGAUUCCGCUAUUCCUCUCCCUGCUCCUGGCUUGGACUCCAGGGACCGGGGCACAGCAGGACACCCUUAUGCCCUUCAUGGCGCACCUUGACUCGGACAACAAUGUCAACCUGAAGUGGGGGUUCAGUGAAGUCCAGGGCACCAUCACGUUCCAGCUGACUGUGAAGACCACUGGCUGGGUGGGAUUCGGGUUGAGCCCAAAUGGAGGCAUGGCUGGAGCGGAUAUCGUUAUUGGCGGUGUCGGACGUAAUGGCAACUACUUCAAGGACUAUCAUGCCACAGGGAAUGAAUUUCCCCUGGUGGAUGAGAAACAGAGUUACACCCUCCUGUCCCUGAUUGAGGCAGAUGGUCAAACCACCAUGACCUUCUCGAGGUCCAUCCAGUCAUGUGAUGAGGAAGACUUUCACAUCACUGCUAGUCCAGUGAAGCUAAUCUAUGCCUAUGGGAAAACUGAUGACAUCGGGUACCAUUCCAAAACAAGGGGGACCAAGGAGGUGAACCUGCUCAAGUUCAUGGCCAGAUCCAGCCCCCAGGACGGCAACUAUCUGGACUUCGUUAUGGAGAAUUUUAAUGUCCCUGCUGAACAUACAUACUACAACUGCAAGGUCAUGAAGUUGCCGAAGCUCAAUGGGAAACAUCAUAUGUAUCGGGUGGAGCCGGUGAUCAAGAACCUGGACCUGGUCCACCACAUGCUUCUCUACAGCUGCCCCUCAUCUGUGAACCAGAUCAACGAGCAGCAAUGCUACACGGGAGGACCAGGGGCAGACUGCUUCAAAUUGGUGGCUGUGGGAGGACUGGCUUUCGAGCUUCCAGGAAACGCUGGCAUUCCUAUUGGAGGACAGGAUUAUGAGGAGUUCUACAGGCUGGAAAUUCACUACAACAACCCAGCCCAGGAAGCGGGCCGGAGGGAUAGCUCUGGCAUGAGGCUGUAUUACACAGAUCAGCUCCGGCAGCAUGAUGUGGGCAUCCUAGACGCAGGCCUAAUGGUGCCCAGCUGGGGCUACGUCAUCCCUCCCACCGCCUCCGCCUUCAGAAGCUACGCCGUCUGCAACACAGCCCACUUCUCAGAUAUCCUGCUUGACCCUGUCCCUGACCUCUCUGUGAUCUCAAUGACGCUGCACACUCACCUGGCUGGGAGGAAGGUGCGAGUUGGACUCUUCAGGUGA